AUGAAAGUGAUGCUUGAUACUGGUGCAAAUCGAACUUUUAUUUCAAGCAAAGCAUUACAUCCUUUAAAUAGUAAACAAUUUGUUAAUAAAUUAUAUAAACGUGUAAUUUUAGCAGAUGGUAACACAUCUCUCUCUAUUCUUGGCACAUGGGACUUAUCUAUUAUUAUGGGAGAUAUGCUUACUUCUAUUCAAGCAUUUGUUGUUAAAGAGUUAUGUGCUGAUUGUAUAUUAGGCAUGGAUUUUAUAAAUAAAUAUAAAUUAAUCAUUAACACGGAAGAACAGAUGGUAUCAAUAUGUAAUGAUCAUCAACGUACAACAUUAAAAUUUGAUCUCAAUCAAGGAGAUAUUAGUUAUCCGACACGUUUAAUUAAUAAUAUUCGAAUUCCACCAAAACGAACAAUGGUAGUUCCUGUAUCUGUUAGAUUAUCAUCAGCAAAAGUGUUAUUUUGUCCAUCUUUCAAAUUACAACAACGAUUACCUAUAUUAAUGUUAAAUUCGUCAUUAACUGUUCAUCGUCAUACGUCAUUUAUUUCAUUACAUAAUCCGACAAAUUAUCCUUGUUCAUUACCAAAAGGUAUUAUAUUGGGAACAACUACUAUUCCUACAUUAUCCUUUAAAAGAAAUUUAACUGUUAAUCAUCAAAUAGUUCACAAGAAUAUUAAUAAUUUAAUUCGACAUAUUAAUAAUCCUGAACAACAAGAUAGAGUAAAAACUCUUCUUAAUCAAUAUGCAAAAUUAUUUGACACAAGUAAAUUAACAGUUGCUAGUAAUGUAACAUCUCAUGCUAUUAAAACGCUUGAUCAUCCUCCACCAGUAUCUAAACCAUAUUAUUCUACCCCAAGUAAACAAGAGGAAAUGUAUAAAAUAGUACAAGAAUUAUUGCAUUUCGGAUUAAUUCGUCCAUCUGAUUCUCCAUAUGCAGCACCAGCAUUACUGGUAGCUAAGCAAGAUGGUACAUGGAGAAUGGUAGUUGAUUAUAAAAAAUUAAAUAAUAUUACUCUUAAAGAUAAUCAUCCAUUACCCAAUAUGGAACAAGCAAUACAAUUAUUAGGUGGUGGUUAUAAUUUUUUUUCUAAACUUGAUAUGAAGAGUGGAUUUUGGCAACUUCCAAUUAAAGAAGAAGACAAAUUUAAAACUGCAUUUAUUACUCCAGAUGGUCUCUUCGAAUGGAACGUGCUGGCUCAAGGUCUUAAGAAUAGCCCACCAUCUUUUCAACGAGUAAUGACUGAUAUAUUAUCAACAUGUCGGGAAUUCUCGUUAGUUUAUAUUGAUGAUAUCGUGAUAUACUCUCGUUCAUUUGAAGAACAUCUCAACCAUCUUACACAAGUAUUAUCCGCCUUAUCAAAACAUAAUUUUCAACUUAAUCCGGUUAAAUGUACUAUUUUUCAUCAGCAAAUUGAUUAUUUAUCUCAUACGAUAUCUGAACAUGGUGUUAAACCAACCAAUGAAAAAAUUCAAGCAGUUAUUAAAUUACGUCAACCUACUAAAUUAGCUGAAGCAAAUAAAUUUUUAGGUGCUCUUUCAUGGUACCGUAAAUUUAUACCCAAAUUUGCAGUAAUUGCUGCACCUAUUCAUACUGUAACAAAUUUAACCAAAACAAAUAGACACAAAUUUAGAUGGGGUGCUUCUCAAUCUCAAGCAUUUUUACAACUGAAACAAUUAUUAAUUACUUCUCCACUAUUUCUUGAUUUUCCAGAUGAUAAUUAUCCUGUUAUAUUAACAACUGAUGCAUCAAAAAAUGGUAUUGGUGGUACAUUGCAACAGAAUAUUAAUGGUGAAAUAAAAAACUUAUAUUAUCAUUCUCAAGUUACAUCUCCUACUCAACGACGAUAUGAUCCUAUUGAAUUAGAAGCAUUAGCUAUAUGGUUAUGUUUUCAACGAAUGCGAUCUUAUUUACUUGGAAGAUCUAUUACAAUUUAUACUGAUCAUUGUCCCUUAUGUAAAAUGAUGAAUUCAUCGGUAAAAAAUCGACGAGUAGAUCGAAUUUCUGUAUUAUUGCAAGAAUAUAAUAUUGAAAAAAUUAUUCAUAUUAAAGGUCAACAUAAUUGUUUAGCUGAUUAUUUAUCUCGUCAUCCAAUACAAAACGAUGAGGAAAUAUUUGAUGAAGAUUAUGGUAUAAAUAUGUUAUUUCAAGGGGAACCACCAGAAAUGGUGCAUGUUCCUGAAAACAAUUCUCAAAUUGUUGGUGCUGUUGUUACACGUUCAAAGAUGAAACAAAUAGCACAACAACAAGAUCAAAUUUAUACAACCAUACCAUCAGUUACAAAUGAUAAAUCAUCUUCAUCAGGUCAAGAAAAAAUUGAACAUUCAGAUGAAGUUAUGUCAGAUCUAAUUACAUCUAACAAUUUUGAUAUAACUCAAAUCAAAAUUGAACAAGCAAAAGAUCCAAUUAUUCAAAAUAAAAUUGAAGAAAUUAUGAAAGACCCAACAGAAAUGUCUUAUGUAUUUAAAGAUGGUAUAUUAUACAAGUUAGCAUCACUGCGUAGCAACUCUGUUACAAAAACAAAAUUAAUUUUUUUACCAUCAUCCAUGAUUAAUUCCCUUCUUCAAUCGUACCAUAAUGAUCCCCUUAGUGGUCAUUUUGGUGUUCGACGUACAUAUUUAAAGAUCAAAAAUAAAUUUUGGUGGCCAAAAAUGAAGCAAUCGAUUACUCAAUAUAUACAAUCGUGUUUACCUUGUCAACAAUACAAUAUUAAUCGAUCAAAGAAACCAGGACAACUUUAUCCAAUUCCAGUGCC